AUGUCGAAAGAGGAAUUCAUAAUUCCUCGGACUCUACUGUCUAAGGAGCCAAAAAAUGUAAGCGAAGAUGUUGAUUAUAACACAGACCUUUAUAAAAACUUACAAAAUUGGUCUGUUCCUAUUCUAAAAUCCCCAGAUCACAAAUACGUUUUUAAUAAAGUGGAAGAUCUCCCUCCUCCUUUAAUCGUACAAUACAACAACGAAUUCAACCUAUCGGAUGAAGAUACUUCAACUUUGAAAAAUAAAAUCGAAAAAUCUUAUAUCGAGAAAUUCGUUGAAUUAAAGAAAGAAGAGUUUAAUAGUAAUAUUCUUUUUGAUGUUAGCAAUGUCUAUUCUGUAACUGAUUAUCGUCCAGAACCUCUUCCAAAAGUUGAAAUUCCAGAAACUUAUAAUAACUUUGUCUAUCGCUAUUUCAAAUUAUCUUUAUUGCCUAUACAAGUGCAAGGAUCUUCAACGCCAUUAACGAAUUACUCAGGAAUUCUUUAUAUGUUUAAUACAACAACAAGAAUGCCGGUUUCAGAGUCUGCUUGCUUCAAAUCCAUUAACAAUAAAAUUAUAUUCAAUAAGACAGAUACAGGAUCAGUUUAUUUUAAGAUUCCGAGAUCCGAAAAGCACAUUGUCUUAGUUUGCGUAUUAUUACAUCCAGAUACUGGCAAACCUGGAACAUUUCUCAGUAAUGUAUGCCCGGCAAACCAGCAACGUCUUGAUAAGCACGUUAUUCCUGUUCCAUUUGCAUUUUCGAUUUUAUGUCCAUUUACAAUGAUUGCAGAAAACAAUUUCAACUUCUCAUGGACUCUUAUUACUGAAAGUGAUACUCUUGCUAAGGUUGCAACGCCAAUUCCACCUAAUGAUCCGAUGAUAAGUUUAAUUAGCAAAGCGAUCAUUAAAGAAGUCCCAUUCGAUAGCCUUGAACCACUAAGUACCCUAGAACAAUUCAAUAAAUCACUCCCAUACUUAGUUUCUCCUUGCCAAUCUUUAGUUUUUAGCAAAGAGCCAAUAAUUACGAUAUCCAACAUUUCUUUCCAGUUUAACAACGUUCCAAAAGCAUUUUUGGUCUAUUUCAGAGUAUUUUUAUGCGAAAAUACAACUGAUAUGACAAAUCCCGUCGGAACUACAGGGUUUCUUAACGAUAACGAUGCUACAUUUUCCAAUGUGUACCAGUCUUGCUACAUGCAACCAGGAAAAAAGGUUGUUUUCCCAGAUAUCGUCAGAUUCUUCGUAACGAAGCAACUUGCGCAAACAUCGCACUUCGUAAUCCAGUUCGUGAUGCUAACAGCUGAAAAGGAACCUAUAGUUUAUAAAUGCGCUUUUAUUGAAUUAUUCAAUUCUAAAGAACCCCUUGAAUACAAGCUCCAAACGUAUCCGACGGUUCAAGCCAAAAAAUUCCAAGGCGAUUAUAUCUCUCAAAACAAGAUCGUUUCCCAUUCAAAUCUUCAAUGUGUUGUUGAUUUGCCACCAGCGAUCUAUCCGCCGAUCCAGUUUGUUGUUCUUUCGGAAGCACAAGUCCCUAUGCAGGUAAACUGGGAUUCAAUCAUCAAAACUCCGCCUUCUCUUUUGAACAAACAAAUAUUACCAACAUUUAUUAAGCUUUUACAGCUUAUUAACCCUCAAACAAUGGCAUACAUCAUAGAACUACUCUCAAUGUUCAAGGAUGACCUAGUAACUCGCGAUCUUAUUCGAUCAUAUCUUUAUAAUAACUUCAACUUGGCUUCUGUUAAGCACAACUUGCUUUCAACAUUUACCAAUUCACUUGACCAAGUUAUCCAAGAGAAUAUCGAUAAGAAUAUAGACGUUUGCAAGAAUAUUGUUGAAAUUUUCGAUAUUAUCGGAUCAAUUCUUGUUGUUUCAUUCAGCCAAAGGACAGAAACAUGGAUCCCGCAAACUCUUAUCUCUUGUUUGCAGAAGUUUUCCACAAUUGCAACAAAAUUCAUCAAAAAUAAUUAUAAAAUCAAGCUAACUGAUUACAAUCUUAAAUAUGGAUGGCUUGUUUUCCACUUUUGCUCCCUUUUAGAAGCGAAAAUCAUGACAAACAUCAUAAAUACCCAUAUCCGUAAUAUGUUGUCCAUCAAAAACAGCGAUGCAGCAAUGAUGGCGGUUUUUGAGUUCCUUAUUCCACUCACUCAGACCACAGAUUUUAUCAGAUACUAUUCUACGAGACUUCCUGUGAAACCAUUGUCCCAAAACUUGAUGUCUCCAUUCCAACCGACAUUAUCAUUAAUAUUCCUUUGCAUUUCGGAGGCUUUCGGCAUGCAAAAUCCGGAAUUAAUUUCAUUAGCUGUUAAUUUCAUUGCCAGAUUAACAUUAGCCAUUGAAACAAUUCCAGAGAAAGACAGAUAUAUUGUUGGCUUUGCUCUUUUCCCACUUUUCGACCUCUUAACCGUUGCAUAUGAAACUGCAUUUACAGAGGAAGACCGCCACCUCAUUGUUCCGACUGUAAUGUUCUUGCUGACAUACAUUCCGCGCGGAUUGAUGAAAAUCUUCUUCAAAACAGUUAAUGCAACUUUCAGGUCGAGAAUUAUUGUUUUCAUUACAACAGUUACUAAGUCUUGUAUCACUCAACUGAAUCCAGAGAUCACGAUUUUCAACUCCCAGCUCAAUGAAUUAACGAAGAGAAUCAUUAUGUUCAUUGCCACUAAUAUCCGAGAGUUUUCGGAGUGCAUCACCCCUGUCUGUCAACUUAUCUGCCUUCUUGCAACAACUCCGCACCAAGUUCCUCGUAAUUAUCCAAGAUUAUUUAGAGCCAUAACAAAAUUGACCGAAAUCUACCCAAGGCAGAGGAUCAUUGCCACCGAAUUACUAUCAAUGAUCACCAUGAAGUCCCAUAUUGCCCGUUGUUUUGCCGCAUCCACCAUUUUGUUCUUCUUCAAAUCAGAUUACGACACAAGACACACGACAACCAUUUCCUCGGCCGAAGUCUUAGAUGUUCUUACCUCCCUCAUGCUUAACCAGCCACCGGAGUCCAUCCCUCUCUAUCAGCUCAUGCUCACACGCGUCAGUGAAAUGUCAACAAUUUUCAACGACCAAGUUUUUGUUCAAAAACUUCAUGAGAAAAUUGAUUCCGCACAGAAAAUCGCCGACGUUAUUUCCAACAUGCGAAAGACCGCACACGAUCCUUCCGCAUCAUGUGAGUAUGUCAUGCAAAUUGCCAAUCAGUACAUGACGUAUCCAUCAAUGAGAUUAAAAUGGCUGUCAGAAAUUGUCAACAUCAACAAGACCAACAACAAUUAUUCAGCGGCCUUUGUUGCUCAACUCCACAAGUGCGCAUUGAUUGCCACUGUUAUUGAACACGAGAGAAAGAUGAAACCGGAAGAAAACGAAAAAGUCGAUGAAGAGAAAUUAAAAGUGAAAUUACCUGUUGAAUACAAUUUAUUAGUGACACAGCCAAUAACUAUGUCUAAGGCAACACUUGGAAGAGAUGUACAGUUCUCUGAUAGAGAUUUCGAAUUCAUACAAAGUGUUUUAGUCGAAACAAAAAUCGAUUUCGGAACUGUUUCUGACGCUUUCAAGUUUUUGGCUGGAGAUUUCACAAUAGAUUUGUUCAAAUCAGCUUUGGAUGAGGCAAUAGAAUACGGAAUGAAAGUGCACGCGAAUUAUACACUGAGAUGCCUCAAAUCAAUUCAAUUGAGAAUUUUCGCCUCUUCAAAACAUUUCAAUGAGGUCUCUCAAACUUGUACUCAAAUUUCAGACCUAUUGAAAAAUAUUUCAAUAACUGAAACAUUGAUGUACGACAUUCCGUACAUAUUCUCUGUUUUCAAUGGCCAUAUCUUCUGUAAUGAUUUCGGAUGUGAUAUUCCACUUGAAAACAGAGUUUAUCCUUCUGAACAAGCCAUUGAUCAUUUGGAAUUUAGACACGCGUGGAAGAAGUUCAGAACAAAAGUUCCGUUCUCUAGAUUACAGGAUUUGACGAAUUCUGAUGCCGAUGAGAUCUCAAUGACACAAUACACAGUUGAACAUGCUUUGCCGAGAUUCACUCCAAGUUCUAAAAUUUCUGAGUCUCAAACUGUCAAAAUUUCGUUGCAAAAACAUGCGGAAUUUGAGACAGAAAGAAUCUGCAACUUGUUGAAUAGAACUGCAGAAGAGUUUGAGAAGUGUUUCCCAACAAGAAACGUUGAUUCUGUUUUCGGAAAAACGAAACAAAACAUCGAAGGAGAUUUGAAGAGAGUUGUUGAUUUGAUUAAAGCUGCAAUUGGUCCUGACGCUUCUCUUUUCUGCUUGCUCAAGUUAGCUAUUGAGAAAGGAAAUGAGAAGAACAAGGAGAUAACAGUAGAACUCGCUAAGAAAGUGUUGAUUUCCCUUCAGAAACUUAUUAAAGUUUAUCACAGAGCAAUCGAAUACUUGGAAUCUGCAUCCCAUUUCACACAGUACGCAGAACUUGGAAAAUACAGAAAUCUCUUCUUGCAAUACUUCGGACUCCCUGAUAUCGAUACAAAGAGUUACGAAGGAAAGAGAGAUCCUGUUACAGAGAAAUGUGAAUUCGAAUAUUAA